CAUUCCACAUUGGACGUUACAACUUGAUUCACAAUGAACAGAAUAAUCUUUGGUUCAUUCGAUCAAAAUAUAAGUUGCUGUAUAAAAUUUAUACAAUUAGACCUUUUCUACAGAUAUAAAAAAUGACAUAUAUAUAUCUGAUGGAACAACGAGUUACUCUACUGACAACAGCGCCAAAGGGAACACCGGAUUCCUAUGACAGGAUUUCACCUAAUGGAAAACCAUGGAAAUCGUCUGUCUUGCAUCAUAUAGGAAUAUUAAGGUCGAAUCCAAAGACACAAAUACAUAUCCACUAUAAAUGUGCGGGGAAGACUUUAAGUUAUGACAUUGGAGCAGAAUUAUUGACCGUCGUAAGGAAACCACAGAAAGGGAGCAAGACCUUCACAUAUCGGCACUUUCUUGUCAAUAUUAGAAAAGAUGGACUAGCUUCUAGACUGAGUAUAUGCAACAAUGAUGAAGUUGCAUGGAUUGAUUCUACUUUUCUGCCUGAUCGCAACCAUACAGAGGUAUUGAGAUUGUUUGAAAAGGUCAAGGUCGAUGGAACAAGGUUAAAUCUGGUUUUACGCAGGGUUACAAAGUAUGGUUCCAAGAAAAAAUGGCAAUGGUUUGACACCAGUGCAAGUCUGUCCGCUGACAACCCACAUAAGCAUGUUUCUUACACAGGAGUUGACCAGACAAACAAGUCUUAUAACUUUUAUAAAGUUCCGGGGACACAACUUUACCUCGAUAUACGAAAAAGCACUGUCACUGCAAGUGUUAUGACAAAGGCAGACGAUGCCAGAACAAGUAAAAAUAAUUUGUAA